UGACAGUUACACUUAUUUAUGUUCAGUUGUGCGCCGUUGAAUAUGUGCACGUGUUUCUGAAGUUCGAAUUUGUGUAGAACAUUUAUCAGUUACAUUUAAAGUUUAGGUAUAUAAAACAUGUCUAAUGAACAAGAAGACUGUAUGGAAGGGAGCUCGUCUGGAAGCGAAGAUGAAGAAAUGGAGGAGGGUGAAGAAGGAAGUAAUGAUGAGGAUUCUCGUCCAAAAACUUAUUUGCCGGAUCAGCCUUUGAAGGAAGAUGAGCAUUUGAUAUGUGAUCAAUCGGCUUACGUUAUGUUACAUCAAGCACAAACUGGCGCUCCGUGUCUCAGUUUCGAUAUUGUCACUGAUAACCUCGGCAACGAUCGACAUGAAUUCCCAAUGACCACAUAUUUAGUAGCCGGCACUCAAGCCUCAAGUGCUCAUUUAAAUAAUAUUUUAGUUGUAAAAAUGUCCAAUCUACAUCCUACUUCCAAACUAGAAAAUGAAAAUAACUCAGAGGAAGAUGAUGACGAUGAUGAAGAUGAGGAAGAAGAUGAAGAAAAUAAACCUCAGAUGACAUUCUCAUUUAUCAAACAUCAAGGAUGUGUCAACAGAAUAAGGGCAACCAAUUUUAAAAAUUCUGUUCUGGCAGCAAGCUGGUCUGAACUUGGCAGGGUGGAUGUAUGGAACAUAACUCAACAACUUCAAGCUGUUGAUGAACCAACUUUACUUGAAAGAUAUAAUCUUGAUACUGUUAACAAUCCUGUAAAACCAUUAUAUUCAUUCAAUGGACACCAGCAAGAAGGAUUCGGUAUUGACUGGUGUCCUACCGAGCAAGGUGUACUUGCGACUGGUGAUUGUAGAAGAGAUAUUCACAUAUGGAAACCAAAUGAAGGAGGCACUUGGACAGUUGACCAACGUCCAUUAAUUGGUCACACUAGUUCUGUCGAAGACAUACAAUGGUCACCUAAUGAAAGAAAUGUUUUAGCAUCAUGUUCAGUAGACAGGACUAUAAGAAUAUGGGAUACUAGAGCACCGCCGCAUAAAGCAUGUAUGUUGACAGCCGAAAACGCUCAUGAAAAUGAUAUCAAUGUAAUUUCAUGGAACAACAAAGAGCCAUUUAUAGCUAGUGGUGGAGAUGAUGGUUUUCUUCACAUCUGGGAUUUAAGACAAUUCCCAAGCAAUACCCCUAUAGGUACAUUCAAACACCAUACAGCACCUAUCACAUCAGUUGAAUGGCAUUGGUCCGAACCUAGUGUUUUAGCUUCGGCUGGAGAAGACAACCAGGUUGCUCUCUGGGAUUUAGCAGUUGAAAGAGAUGAUGAAGAAGUUGUAGAUGAAGAAUUAAAGAAUCUGCCACCACAACUAUUAUUCAUUCAUCAAGGACAAACUGACAUCAAAGAACUUCACUGGCAUAAACAAAUUCCUGGGGUCAUUGUGACCACUGCACAUACAGGUUUUAAUAUCUUUAAAACUAUUAGUGUAUAAAAAAUAAAAUCAUAAAAAAAGAA